AUGGUAGAGAAAAGUGGAUUAGACAAGAAGGUACUGAAGUCAUGGGUAGGGGUUGGGAUAUGUUCUGGAGAACAUUUUGGAGGUGGUGGAGAACGUUCCGGUGGUGGUGGAGAAAGUUCUAGUUUUGGGAUUUUUUCUGGGGUUUCCUUAAGAUUAGGAGGAGAACGUUCUGGAGGAGGUGGAGAACGUUCUGGUGUUGGGAUUUUUUCUGGGGUUUCCUUAGGAUUAGGAGGAGGUGAUGAGAAUGAAAUAGGAGUUGUGAUAGGUUGUCUUCCUGAUGAUCUUUUCCUUUUUAGAGAGGUGGGACAGGAUGGAGGAGUGGGUGUUGGAGCAGAGGAAGUUUUACACAUAUGA